AAAAAACAGUCGACCUGUGACUGUGACACUUAACAAACAUGGAAGUUUUCUGAGAAACUAUUUUUAUAGAACUUUAACAAAUGAUUUAUCAUUAAUGUUUAAUCCGUGGUUAUACCAGCACAUUUAUUAUCGGCGCGGCUAAAGCAAAAGAAACUAAAACUAGUUCAAUAUUUUUGAUUAUUUCCGGCGCAAACCGCAAGAACUAAAUAGAAAAUAGUCACCUCACAGUUCGCUUCGCCUUCGCUCUGCCUGCUUGGAUGCUCUUCCUUUUUCCAAAUGUCAGAAUUUUUAAGUGAAAAGUAAACAAAAAAUAAAUAGCUUAAAAGGAAAGCCAAGAGAAAUUAAAAACAAAAGGUGUGGGACUAAAGACCAAAAAUAAAAUAAAAUAAAUUUUAAUUUAGUGCGAUUAUUUAAAAAAAAAUCACAUCGACGAGAGCGAACAGCUGUAAUCAUGGAUGAUGAAUUUGCUCUGUGCUGGAAUAAUUUUCAAGAUAAUAUCGCAAGUGGUUUCCAGAAUCUGUACGACCGUGGUGACUUAGUGGACGUGACGCUGGCCUGCGAUGGCAGACUUCUGCAUGCCCAUAAGAUUGUCUUGGCCAUUUGCAGUCCUUACUUUCAGGAGAUCUUCAUUUCGAAUCCCUGCAAGCAUCCCAUAAUUAUUCUCAAAGAUGUGACCCACGGUGUAAUGUGUGAACUUUUGCAAUUUAUGUACCAGGGAGUGGUUAAUGUUAAGCACACUGAAUUGCAAGCUUUUAUGAAGAUUGCUCAGUUGCUUCAAAUUAAGGGUUUAGCUAGUAGUGUAGCAGCACCCCAUAAAUCUCCUAGUCAACUACAAACCAUUUCUAGUGCAACCGCUGUCCAAAACACAUCAACAUCAUCAGCUGCUGGCAGUAGCGUCACCAAUCAAAGUCACAAACCGGCAUCUGGACAAAACCCAACUGAAAAUAGUAAUCUAAAUGAUACAAAGAAUAAUAUCCCUGCGCCUUCUUCUUCGUCAUCAACGUCAUCGCCUUCGCCGAUGCCCUUUUCGCAUAUCAAAAGCCCGGCUGAGAAUUUAAAUCCUUUCCAAACUGGGCCCGGACUCAAGCGCCUUCCUGAAUAUAGUACAGAUUCACUUUCAAUCUACUCGCGAAAACAAUAUCGACGAAAUACUGAAAGCAGCGAACAAGAUAUGUGCCCUGAUUCAAUGGAUCACGUCAAUCCUGAAGACAAUUUUCUGGCAACAACAAUCCCGCAUAUAUCGAUGGCGGAACGUUUCGAUCCGAAUAGUGUUAAACGGGAGAACAGCGAUCACACGUCCAGUCCUCUUGGACUAAGGAAUUCACUUCCUCCACAUUUUGGGUUUGAUUACAAUAUUUACAAAAAUAAUCCUGACUAUCCCAGUGACUUGCACCUACCCAAUGAUUACUCGAAAAGCUUUGGCAACCACAUGGACAUUCCUCCAAGCGGCGGUAAUGUAACAAUGCUAUCGUCUACCUCAUUGCUGCAUGCGAACUGCGUCUUUAAUCGCAACAAUACUGUGGCCACUCAGCAAGGAAUGAAAACUUAUUGGCUGUGUAAGUCCUAUCGCAUAAGCAUGUGCCGAGCUAGAUGCAUAACUCAUCAGGGACGAGUGAUAUCUGCAACUGGAGUUCACAAUCAUGCGCCACAUAUGCGAAACGUAGCGGGUGGCCUGGAAAUGAUGCCGCCUCAACAAAACAAUGCAAGUCUAAUGGUUCCAAAUAGUUCUGCAAAUCUAAUGCAGAUUCCAACAUCGAGUGCAAAUUUAAACAACUCUCUGCCCAACAUCCGCCUGCCACAAAGCGCCACUAAUCUUUCGCAGCAUAAUCUAUCAGUUAUGAACCACCAGCAGCAGCAGCAGCAACAACAGCAACAACAACAGCAGCAGCAACCGCCGCAGCCGACACCGCCUCAUCAUCAUCAUCUGCCGCAUGGAAUUUCCUCGAACCCUCCACCACAACACCAAAUGCAUCAAAAUCCACCUAGUCAUCAUCACCAUCAAACUCAGCAUAUAUCGCCGCACAGUCAGAGUUCAGUAAUUCAAAAUAUGAUGCACAAUGUGAAUCUCAUGCAUUUGUCAAACAUGGCCCCUAUGUUGAACACGCUCCCGACGCAACACUCGCCUCAAAUGAACUCCAUGCAACAGCAAACGCACCAUCACCAAUCUUCUCAUCACCAAAUACCACAACCUCCUUCGAGUCUGGAAAUCACGCCGAUUCUAACCGAAAGUCCGUGCGUCAAUAGUCCAUCCAAUCGCAGCAGCAAUCCGUCCCAAAUAGAGAACAUAGAUUCACCAAUGCACUCCUCAACUGGACCCAGUGGAUCCGGUGGGGUGGCCUUAGAAUCGCCUUCUCAGGCGAGUGACGGCAACGGCUCUUCGCAUGUUCCCGAUGCAACAGCUUCGCUCGUUCCUAACUCUGCAAUGUCACCGGAUGACAUGAGUAACAAUUGCCAGGACUCUCACAAUUCAUCUCAGCACUCGCACAUUAUAAGUUCCAUAACUAUAUCGCCAGGCAGUGCGCAUAAUUUUAAAAUUGAAAACAUGUAACCGCAAUUCACGAGCAUCUGCGAUCGGGCGCAGGAUAUCCAAGUUGGCUAGCCAUUGGCCUGAAACUCAUUUGAUACAAAACAAACAAGUGCAAUAUUGUAUUCUUUAUUUUUAUUCUUAACUAUUUGUUGAAACACAAAUUUUUUGAUCUUUAUGAUUCCUCUCAACAAGCAAGUGAAAUUCUUUCGAAUUAGAAUUAUAUAUGAACGUCAUGGUUUCAUGUAUUUAUACAAAACAGUAUAAAAUUGCCUCCCAACUGUUGACCAAUAGAAUUCUUUUAUUUUAUAACAGAUAAUAAUUAAAGGCAGUCUGAUAAAGUUAGAUCAAUAAAUUGGGUGUAAUACUAUGUCCCGAUACUUUAUCAAACAUGCAGUCACAUACGUGAGCGAAAGUUUAUCGCUUGCAAUUGCAAUCGAGCAAUUAUUUAUUACUCUACUGUAACUUCUGAUUAGUUUUGCUAAUUCUACCAACAUUAAUCGUGUUUUUUCUUUAUUAAACUUCUCAUAAUAUCUCUUGUUUUAAGUGAAUAGGUAAAAUACAUAUAUCUAUUAUAUAAACAUUUAAAUGGCUUUGAUUUGUGUAAACAAAAAUUAAUUGCAGUUUUUUUUUUUGUUGUUAAAUGAAAAAACACAAAUACAAAAUUGUAAAUAUGAAAAUAUAAAUUAAAUACUUAAAUAUUUUUUCUAUAAGAGUUUUUGGGUCCGUACUUAAAGUUAAUAU